CAAGCCCUUCGGCAAUUUCCGCCGCGCGUUCGGCUUUUAAUGAGCCCAGCCGCCGUGUUCCUCGCUAGAAGUGCCGUGCCGACUCUGAGUAGAGUUUGUCUGUCCAGGGGGUUAGUCGUGCUAGAGAGAAAAGGCAAAAAAGGAGGAACAGCCUGAGAGAAGCGUGGAAGCGAAUCCCUUCGCGAGCCCAGCAAUUCCCGUCGAAUAGAAGGAAGGACACCGGGGUGGGGGUGGGAUCAGGAUCUCGCUGGUGUGCGAACUUCGCAGUGCCUGAGCCGACUAUAGUAGCGGAGGCGUCUGGAUCUCUUUUGCGCGUGAGCUCUGGCGGCGGCCUCCUAUUGGACACUCCUCCGCCUCUCUUCUGCCCGCCUCUCCCGCUCCGUGGCGGGGGGGCUUCUCGUAUUAACUACUACAGGGUGCAGUGAUUGGGAUAACCCGCACGCUCGUUCUCGGCUGCCCCCCUCGCCCCCGCGGCCUGUGCGCGCUCACACACUUCUGAGGGGACGACUGAGCCAGGCGUCGAGUGAGCGAAGGCGGCAGUGGUGGCGAGGCCUGCGCUGUCUGGGCAGCUCCGUCUCCCUUUCAUCGCUUCCCCCUUCCCCUCAUUCUUCUUCGCGGGUCCUGCUUGUCCUGGCACAGCCGCGUCGUGUGGAGGCCGAGAAACGCCGCUCGCAGGGCCGGAGCCAGGAGUCUUUCCGAGUCCGACCUUUCUCACGAAGCCGUUCAUCCCCCUCGGGGUGUUUUUGGUUUUUUGUUGUUUUUUUAAAAAUCACAAACCCCCAUACACCGCGGCGCGCACACAAAGGAGAAUGACGAGUCCCCGCCACGGAUUUAAAGAAAUAUGCAUUGUUACAAUUUUAUUUUGGAAUUGAUGAAGUGGAAAUUCAGAUGAAACCAGUUUGCAGAACAUUGUCUACACAGCACGUUUUCAUCCAACUUUCCCCAAUAAAAGAAAACAAAUUGGAAUAAUUAAAUAAUUGCUUCAGUCAGCCACCAGUCUUCUAUUGGAUUUCACUAAACAAGCCAGCUUCAUACUUGUCAAACAGCAAGGCAAGUUGCCAAAGGUGCCAGUGAACAGGAAGGAUUUAAAUGUGAACAAUGAUUUGUCUGAAAGUCUAUAUCAGAUUGUUGGGAUUCUGUGCAUUCAUCGUUUUUCAAGUUCAAGGGCAGAGUCCAGACAGCAUGUUCCAUGGAACAGGGAUGAAGACUGAUUCUGAUCAAAAGAAGCAGGAAGAUGGAGUAACCUUAGCUCCAGAGGACACGUUGCCUUUUUUGCACUGUUACUGCUCAGGCCAUUGUCCAGAAGAUGCAAUUAAUAAUACAUGCAAAACUAAUGGACAUUGCUUUGCCAUCAUUGAAGAAGAAGAAAAUGGAGAAAUUACACUUGCUUCAGGCUGCAUGAAGUACGAAGGCUCAGACUUCCAGUGCAAGGACUCUCCAAAAGCACAACUGCGGCGGACAAUUGAGUGCUGUCGGACGGACUUCUGCAAUCAAGAUUUGCAGCCUACAUUGCCCCCUCCUACUAGUACAGUCAAUCUCUUUCAUGGCAGCAUUCGUUGGAUGGUUGUGCUCAUUUCUACGGCUGUCUGCACAAUAGUUAUGAUCAUCUUAUUUAGCUGUUUCUGCUACAGGCAUUAUUGUAAAUGGGUAGCAAAGAGACGGUGUUAUAAUCGUGAUCUGGAACAAGAUGAAGCUUUUAUUCCAGCUGGAGAGUCAUUAAAGGAUCUUAUUGACCAGUCACAGAGCUCUGGCAGUGGUUCUGGGCUUCCUUUGUUGGUCCAGCGGACUAUUGCCAAACAAAUUCAGAUGGUACGGCAGGUUGGGAAAGGGAGAUACGGUGAAGUGUGGAUGGGUAAAUGGCGGGGUGAAAAAGUGGCAGUGAAAGUGUUCUUCACCACUGAGGAAGCCAGCUGGUUUCGAGAAACUGAGAUUUACCAGACAGUUCUCAUGCGCCAUGAAAACAUACUUGGUUUUAUAGCAGCAGAUAUUAAAGGCACAGGCUCUUGGACCCAGCUUUACUUGAUUACAGACUAUCAUGAAAAUGGGUCUUUGUAUGACUUCCUGAAGUGUACUACUCUUGACAACAGAGCUCUGCUCAAACUGGCUUACUCUGCUGCAUGUGGCCUGUGCCAUUUACAUACAGAGAUAUAUGGGACACAAGGCAAGCCUGCUAUUGCUCACAGAGACCUGAAGAGCAAAAAUGUCUUGAUAAAGAGAAAUGGGACUUGCUGUAUUGCUGACUUGGGCCUGGCAGUCAAAUUUAACAGUGAUACAAAUGAAGUUGAUGUCCCCUUGAAUACAAGAGUUGGAACAAAGCGUUACAUGGCACCAGAAGUCCUAGAUGAAAGUCUGAAUAAAAAUCAUUUCCAGCCAUACAUCAUGGCUGACAUCUAUAGUUUUGGCUUGAUAAUUUGGGAAAUGGCUCGGCGUUGUGUCACAGGAGGUAUUGUUGAAGAAUAUCAAUUACCCUAUUAUGAUAUGGUACCAAAUGAUCCUUCUUAUGAAGAUAUGCGAGAGGUAGUAUGUGUUAAGCAUCUGCGUCCAGUAGUAUCUAACAGAUGGAACAGUGAUGAGUGUUUAAGAGCAAUAUUAAAGUUAAUGUGUGAAUGCUGGGCUCACAAUCCCGCCUCUAGACUUACAGCGUUGAGGAUUAAGAAGACACUUGGCAAAAUGGUUGAAUCACAAGAUGUCAAGAUUUGACAAGAAAAUGUUACUGAAGAGUGAACUUUGGACUCCUCGAACUUUUUCACUCGAGCAAGUAUAGGGUCUGGUGGGAAAGUGGGGAGUGCAGCUGAAUUCUGUUCACUUCCUCACCACACUUUUUACAGGCUGCUAACAUUAAAUCUUACAGUAUGUUGUAGAAUAUGGUAUCCAUGUACACUAUAUGGUACAUUUGUGGAUAGCCUCGUUUUACUUUUUGUUUUGAGCUGCAUUGAGAUUUUCAUCAUACUAGCAAAACUCCCAUAAAACUUUGAGUACUGAAUUGCUUAUGCAGAUUAUAGUGCUUUCUGUGAAAGCCUUAAAUUAAAAGAAUUCAACAGCAGUGAAAAAAAAUAAGCUUUUUGCCUUCUACCUGAUGAUAUCUUACCAAGUCAAGUCUUGGUGAAAUAGCCUGCAGUCUGGGGUACUAUGUAAUUUGAUAAUUGUGUUUUUUAAGGUUUUCUGUAUGUGUGCCAGGAUUUUUCUGCUGCCAUUUGGAGUACCUAAGAAGCCAUUUAAGUUAUGCAAAGCUACCAUUUUUUCUUCUUCAUUGCCUUGACUAACAGUAUGAAACGUAUUUGGAUUUCAAAGAAAAUUAAUGCCUCCCUUUUGUGCUACAUGAACAAAAUAUACAAUUUUCAUGACCAAAAAUCAAAAUGGCUCUUAUAAACUUAUGCAGUAAGUCACCUUCAAGUCUGAUGUGAAAAACAGGGCAUAACUCAAUCAUACUCACAAUGCUAUGAAUUUUUUGAAGGCUGAGCAUACAACAUGGAAUAGUUAAACCUCUCUGAUAAUUUAAGUGCCUGUAAUCUUGUACUGUAAAUUGUACCCUAGCUAGCUUUAAAAAGGGAAGUUAUUUAUAUAUAGUGUUUAUAUGUACUUUUAUUUGCUAAUACCUGUUUUUUUGUCUAUAUGUUAACAUACCAUACACAGAUUUGGAGAGAAUGAAAAAAGAGUAAUUAUGUUCAAGUUUGAUCAGAUUGCUUAUGCUGUAUGUGACAUGUAGAAAUGUUGGACAGUCUAUCAGAAUCUUCACAUGGAUACUACAAAGAUGUGUGUUGCCCUUUCAUAGGCACUUGGAACACUUAAUGCAACAUUAGUGUGGAUUUAAUCGAAUGUGGGUUGUGUGUGUUUGUUUUUUUUAAAAAAAAUUGCUCAAUAGGCAAAUCAUCAGGCAAAAGAUUGCAGUAUUUUUUAAUUUAUAUUUUGAUGUAUAAAUUUUAUUUAACAUUUCCUUAAGUCAUUGCUUUUUUUAGUAAUGCCUUUAAGUAUUAGUACAUUUUUAGCUGAUGGGUACAUAAGCUAUUAAUUUAUUUUGAACACAGCAAGUCAUGGACAAUAUUGUGCCACUGAUCUCAAGCAAAAUAAAAAAUUUUCCCGUCCAUUGCCAAGAAAAGUAAUCGGGCUGAUGCUCUAAAACAUUUUGCACAGCUAGCAAGUAUAUAUUUGGCAUAAACCAGCCAAUUAAUAAUUUAGACCAGUCCUGCUUUCAGGGAACUCUUUCCCCACCAGCCGGUUUUCUACAGAGCCUCUUUGUUUUGGAGAUGCAGGAAUGUUCUAGGUACACUUCAUUCCAUGUUGAGUCUCACUGUCUCAAUACUAGCCUGUUGGGUCUCACUGCCACCUCCCUUGAGAUUGCAACCUAGAAUAUACCCAGCACACUGCUAUGACUGUUCAUUUUAAGGGAAGAUGGUUAGUGGUGGGGUCUCAGGGAAGCUUAUCAGUUUUUACUGAUCUUCUUGAGAAAUCUUUAAGUUCCCCAGAGCACAGACUGAAAACUCCUGAUCUAAAUUCUCCUGCAUUCAGAUAUUAAAAUAGUCUAAGUUCCUUUUGAUUAAAAUACUAUUUUAACCUAUAAUUGUUUACAGUGAUGCUUUAUGAGUUUUCUUGGAAAUUUGGUGAAGUGCAUGUUUCCAUCUUCCAGAAUGAAAUGUCCGUAUUCUUGUGUUUAAGUGCCAUGUAAAUGGGGUAGUUUUAUUAGUUGUGCAUUAUGUGCUGAAAUUUAAUUUUAACAUUUGACUUGAGAUUUUAGAAUUAAAGCAGUCUAACAAAUGCCAAUACUGGAUUAGAGCCAUUGUUCCUAGAAUCCAGUAUAUGUGUUUAACUUUUUAUCACACCUAUGGCCUAUUGGAUGUCCUUGAUUUUUUCUUACGGGAGAUCUUGCUGUACAGCAUAGUAAAUUACUCUUCUUUUAGAACACACUGCAUUCUGUAAUAGAGGCAAUGCAAUUUCGACAUUUCACUUUCUUAGUGAAAGCCCCAAAUUUGGACCUAUGCAAUUAGAAGUGAAAUAAGUUGCCUUGAAAAGUCUUGUUUAUAUUGGUCUUGAAAUAGUUUUCCUUCUUUUACAAAAAUUAAUACAACUUGACUUCAUGACUAUGGAGAGUUUUUUAGUUCAGCUGUGCAUGUUGCUAAAUCAUUGCAAUUUAUAUUGUGUGGCAAAGUUUAAAAUCUCAUUUGCUGUAGUGUGGCAAAAUGGUCCCUUUUUCAUUUGAACUUACCCUCUCACCCUCCCCAUUCCACCAGUCGGCAGCAAGUUACAGAGCUUCUUUCUUUGUGCUUGCCUUUUGUGCUAGGAAAAAUAGCUUCUAGUUUGAGUUCUCUAUGCUACUAAUUAUUCUGUGUGCAAUUCAUAAUGCCUUAUUGGCUUAUUUUCAUCUAGUGCUUAGGUGGGUUCCCACCUAAUCUAUGUUGAGAUCUUUGUAACAGUUAUGCAUAUCUCUUUCUUCUUUGUGGUCUCUUUGCAUCACACACAUGGGAUUUGCACCU